CUCUCUUUUUCUUCUUAUUAAACCCUUCCCUCAAAACUCAUUUCCAUCAACAACAAAAAAAACUUGAGAAAAAACUUGCACAAAACACAAAAUGAGUUUUGGAGUUUCCUAUGUUCUUCACCUUGUUUUACUGUUUUUUAUGAUGUUUAUUGCUGCAUGGUCUCAAGAUGACGUUGUUAUGCAAAAGCUGAAAAGUUCUAUAACAUCAUCAAGCAAUGAUCUUGAUUGGUCAGACAAAGAUUGUUGCAAAUGGAAGGGAGUUUCAUGCAGCGGAACGACGGUCACUGAAAUUAAUUUAGGACAACUCAAUAUUCAAGGUUCUUUACCAAAAGAAUUAAUGCAACUCACUGCUUUAACUCGUUUCGAUUGCAGUGAAAAUGAGUUUUCUGGAGGUUUUCCAUACAUGCCAAAUUCACUUCAGAACUUGUAUAUCAGAAACAACAGUUUCACUUCCAUGCCUAGUGAUUUCUUCACCAACAUGAGUAAUUUGAUAGAGGUGGUAAUUGAUUCUAACCCUUUUUCUCAGUGGCAAAUUCCUUCUAGUCUUAAGAAUUGUUUAGCCCUUAAGCUUUUUUCUGCUAAUAGUGCUGGUUUAGUUGGUGUAAUCCCUGAAUUCUUUGGAAAUGACACUUUUCCAAGUUUGACAGAUUUGAAGGUGUCUUUUAAUUCUCUUGGAGGUAAUUUGCCUAAUAGUUUAUCUGGUAGUUCUAUAGAGAACCUUUGGGUGAAUAAUCAAAAUGGUAAUAAACUCAAUGGUACACUUUCUGUUUUGCAAAAUAUGACGUCGUUGAAAGUAAUUUGGGUUCAAAGUAAUGCUUUUACUGGUCCAAUACCAGAUUUUUCAAAUCAUGAUCAAUUGUCUGAAGUUAGUUUCAGAGAUAAUCAGUUAACCGGUGUUGUUCCGCAGUCUUUAAUUUCGCUUCAAAGUUUGAAAGCUGUGGCUUUGACGAACAAUCGUCUUCAAGGGUCACCUCCUAAGUUUAAAGAUGAUGUUAAGGUUGAUAAUGAUAUGGAUAAAGGGAUUAAUAGCUUUUGUACUAAGGUUGUUGGUCAACCAUGUAGUCCACUUGUUAAUGCUUUGCUUUCUGUUGUUGAACCUUUUGGUUAUCCUCUUAAACUUGCUCAAAGUUGGCAAGGUAAUGACCCUUGUCAAGGUGGUUGGUUAGGGAUUGUUUGUUCUAGUGGGAACAUUUCAGUUAUCGCCUUCGAGAAAAUGGGUUUUUCCGGUAGUAUAUCAUCUAGUUUUGCAAGUCUUAGUUCUGUGACGAAGUUGCUUCUUGAUAACAAUCAUCUCACCGGCACUAUACCUAAGGAGCUUGCUAGUAUGCCGGCUUUGAAAGAGCUAGAUGUUUCGAAUAAUGCAUUGUAUGGUCAGAUACCAUCGUUUCGCGGAGAUGUGGUUGUUAAAACCGGUGGAAAUCCUGAUAUUGGAAAGGACAAACCUCCUGGCUCGCCCGGCUCUAGUUCUGGAGGUGAAUAUAAGAAGAAAAUUAGUGUUGGAGCAAUUGUUGGGAUUGUGAUGGGGAUUGUUUGUUUACUUGGUGUAGUAGGGGUUUUGGUAUUUGUUAUGCGCGGUAGAAGACAUAAUAAGUGUGCUGGUAAAGUUCAAACUCCAAAUGCAAUAGUGGUACAUCCUCGUCAUUCAGGUGAUGGAAAUGGCGUGAAAAUAAGUGUUGCAGCAGCCGGAAGUUCCAGUGUCGGCGUUGCACGAGGAACUGGUGGAUUUAGUCCAUCGAGUAGUGUUCGAAAUGUGGAAGCUGGUAAUAUGGUGAUUUCAAUUCAAGUUCUAAGAGAAGUUACAAACAAUUUUAGUGAAAAAAACAUAUUGGGGAAAGGUGGUUUCGCUACUGUAUACAAAGGAGAAUUGGACGAUGGAACAAAGAUUGCAGUGAAAAGGAUGAAAUCUGAAAUGGUUGGUGACGAAGGGUUAAAUGAGAUCAAGUCUGAAAUCGCGGUUCUCACUAGGGUUCGACACAGGCAUUUGGUUGCACUCCAUGGCUAUUGCUUGGACGACAACGAGAAACUUCUUGUCUUUGAAUACAUGCCUCAGGGAACUCUUAGUCAACAUAUCUUUGACUGGAAAGACGAUGGGUCGAAACCGCUCGGAUGGAAAUGUAGGCUUUCCAUUGCCUUGGAUGUUGCUAGAGGUGUUGAAUAUCUUCAUGGUCUGGCUCAGCAAAUUUUCAUCCACAGGGAUCUGAAGCCAUCAAAUAUCUUGCUUGGAGAUGAUAUGCGCGCUAAAGUAGCCGACUUUGGAUUAGUUCGGCUUGCUCCAGAAGGACAAACUUCAUUUGCGACUAGACUUGCAGGAACUUUUGGUUAUUUGGCACCAGAGUAUGCAGUCACCGGUCGAGUCACCACAAAGGUAGACGUAUACAGCUAUGGCGUGAUUCUUAUGGAGAUGAUAACCGGAAGAAAAGUAAUUGAGAACAGCCAAUCGGACGAGAACAUACACCUCGUUACAUGGUUCCGAAGGAUGCUACUAAACAAAGACUCAUUCGAAAAGGUCAUUGAUCCAGCAAUGGACAUAGACGAGGAAGGCCUGGAGAGUUUCAGGACUAUGGCAGGAUUGGCAAGCCAAUGUUGUGCAAGGGAGCCUCAUCAGCGUCCUGACAUGGGACAUGUAGUGAAUGUGCUAGCACCUCUUGUCGAGAUUUGGAAGCCGGCUGAACCUGAAGCUGAUGACAUGUAUGGGAUUGACUUGGAUAUAAGUUUUCCUCAAGGACUUAGUAAGUGGCCGAAUCUUGAAGGAACGAGCAACACACUUGAUGUUUCGAAAUCUUCUUCGAUGGCUGCUGGUUGUGAGUAUACACAGUCAAGUAUCCCUCCUCGGUCUCCUGGAUUUGCCAAUUCUUUUACAUCUGCUGAUGCGCGAUGAAAUUUGAUGUACAUUAUUUAAUUAUUUCCGCUUUUGCCAACCGUUUGGAGUUUCCUUUCAAGUUUGUUU